GGCUCGCGGAGCGGCAGCCCAAGCUGCAUGUGCACAAAAGCGCACAUCGGGCCACGCUGGCCGUCUUGACGUCCCGGCGCUGCGUGCUCACAAGUCUGCAUUUCAUGGCUAUCUUUCCCGAAGCGAACAGUGAGAGCUGGGCCUUCGAUUCGUCGAAUGAUCAAGAGAUGGAGGCGAGGAUCUCCCAAGACCCAUUGUCGAUCGCUGGAGACACGAUGCACAAGCUAGCUUUAUCCCAACCUCUUAGCAACAGACUGUGCUUUCCGAUGUUUAGAAUUCCUCCCUCCGUGCCUCGUCCUUCUCCCGGAGACGCGGUGCAACCACGGGGCCUAGGACGCAUGGAUGCGAAAGCCCGGGCAGCAUCGCUGGGUCAACUGACACUUUCGCGAUGUUCUGGUCAUUUGAUACGACGCUCGACGUCACUUUCCUCGACGGGCCGUCUCGCAGAAGGACCGCCGUUGCCGUCCCUUAACGGCCCGCUUCUGCACAUAUAUAUCGCCAAGAUGUUCUGAAUCGCGGCGACACUUGGUACCCUCCCGAGAUUACGACGAUGAUUCAUCUACGCUUCGCUGCUCUCGCUCUUCUGGGGUCUGUCGUACGAGGCGUGCCCGCCGUUGUCGAAGACCGUGCGCCUACCCCCUUCAAGCACCUUGCAGCCACCGAGCACGAUGCAUCGAACGCAACCAUUCAACACACCCCGCGCGCCCAGAUCUCCGCGAACUACGUCUUCACCGCUUUCACCGACCAGUCCGAGUCGAAUUUAUACGUGUACACCUCCUCCGACGCGGUCAACUUCGAUCUGCUCGCGGGCCCGACGUACACGCCGGCGUCGGGCUUGAUUCGCGAUCCGAGCGUUGUGUACUGGAAUGAUCAGUAUUAUUUGGCUUGUAAG